GAGAAAACAGAAAGAGCACACUGUAGAAGAGAGACGUCAAAGAUAGAGGAUACGAAUUUUGAGAUGUCACGACUGAGUCCGCUCCUAUCGACUCGUGAGAACGGUCUUCUCUUCAGUUUAAUAAGUCAUGACUGCAGUGUUUUAGCAUGUGGUAUUGUCCAGCUGGUAAUGGCAGCCCCUCCACAGAAAAAGGAAUGGAAAUUUCACAGUUCUGGAGUAUUAUGUCUGGUGCAAGAUAAAUCUGUGCAUUCAACAUUCAUGAGAGUCUACUGUCUUAAGAAAGCCAAGCUGCAAUGGGAACAGGAGCUGUAUACACCAUUUGAAUACUCAGAAACAUGUCCUUAUUUCCAUACCUUCCCUGGUGAUAAGUUUCAGAUAGGAAUAAACUUUGCGGAUGAAGAUGAAGCCAAGCAGUUCUACAAUGCUGUGCAGAAGCAGAUCAGUGACAACAAAGCAUCUUCAGUACUUACACGCAGAUACAGUGUGGGUGGAGUUUCUGACUGGAAAGAAAAACUUGACAGUUGUCUUAGAGGAAAUGAAUUGCAGAAGAGGUUUUCACUCAGAAGUUCAUCCAGAGUUCCACAGCGUCUUGAUUCAGAUGCAGCACUUCCAGAGAGCAAACCCACAGUUGCUAGCACAAUGUCCAGCCAAUCACAUGACUCACCACUGACCCUCUCUAGUGUUAAUGAAGAGUCUAUGUCGCUCGCCCAGAGGAAAGGGCCCCUCCCACCUAUUCCCAUUCAUGCCAGGAUAGCCACGUUGAAGUUUAAUCCCAAUGCUAGCGUGCAAAACUUUGACUCCACUGUUCCGAUUCCAUCAUGGGUGCCACCCCCUCCAUCUUACCAGGCCCCCACGGUCCAUCCAAGUUCAGUUAUUAAAGAUCCCUACUCUGCUGGAAUGAAGCACAGUUUUCAUUAUAAUGCUGGCAUUGAGGAGGAAUCUGGCUAUGAUGACUACCUUUAAAACCACCAUCCUCUCCAUCAUUUAGGACUUUAUGACUCAGCAACAGUGCGCUAUGGUCCACACAAGCACUUAAAGAUGGAAUAUAUCUUUAUUAAUUAUAUCAUAUAAAUUUCUGCAGAACAACUAUAGAUUUUUUAAAGAAUGAUUAAUGAAGUAAUCAAAACUAAUAAAAAACAGUAGCACAUAAGAGUUUCUGAAACAAGAUAUUAAACCAUAUAAUGCUAAACCUCUUCUCUGAACUAAUUUCACUUGUUCUUAGUUCUUACAAACGAGUGUCCAAAUACCUUGUCUUAAUUUUGAACAGUGUAUCUAUUGUUUUAAAAUUCAAAACAUGAAUAAAUAAUUUUUUGUGAAACUUUUUGCUUGAAAUUGUACUUGUGUGUUAUGUUGUAAAUGGAUAUUCCUCCCAAAAAUGAAAUUUCU